AAAUCCAGCCGUGUUUUAAAAAGACAAACUUGUGCGAGCUAAAGCGCUCCUCUCUCAUGGACGGUAAUGGUAUAGGUGUGUUUUCAACGAAAGAAGUGCCCGAAACCGUGGAACCAUGACUCCAGCAUAUGCCCUCAACCGGGACAACUGCAAGUCAAACAAUUCCGAUCUGUUUGUUUGGUAGGACUCGAUCUCCCUAGCUAUAUAUAUAUAUAUAUAUGGCCCGUAUAACGCAUUUCUACCCAUAACUUAAUUUAAUAUCCCUCUCCUCUCCUCCCCUGCUAUUUGUCACGUCUCUCUUGGGAAACUAUUGAUAUAUAGCUCUUUCACUUCUAUUAAUUAAUAUGCUCUCCUGUACUCUCGCCUAGCUCCCCCGUCUCUUUCCUGGUGUCUUUUCUUUCCUUAAUUCUUUCUUCCCUGAAACAAGUAAGACCAAAAUGGAUAGGCGUCGCAAGAAGCAAGCCAAGACUACAUCUUGUUGUUCUGAACAAGCUAAUUCACCACUCCUGCUCUGUAAUAAUUUGGCAGAGGUGAGCAGCAUUGAGUGGGAGUUCAUUAACAUGUCAGAACAAGAAGAAGAUCUCAUUUACAGAAUGCAUAAUCUGGUGGGGGACAGGUGGGCUUUGAUCGCUGGUCGAAUUCCAGGACGCAAAGCUGAAGAAAUAGAGAGAUUUUGGCUAAUGAGACACGGUGAAGGGUUUGCCAGUCGACGAAGAGAGCAAAAGAGAUGUCAUUCCUAACGCCUUUUAAUAAGUUUGUAACAGUUUGUUAGGAAAUGUGCUUGUCACCCUCUUAUGUUCUUUUCUGUUAUUAAUGUAGGGCUUCGCUUAUGUAGUCUGCCACAAGAUUAUAGCCAAAGUGAUUGUGAUUUGCCUCAUUAUUCAUCACUGGCUUUGUCAUUGACAUUGAACUGCUAUUAUAUAUACAUGAUUGUCCUCAAAUAA